AUGGCUGACAUGAAUUUUGAUGAGAUUCUUGAGGUUCCUGACACUCCUGACCAACAGCAGUCAAAAUACCAUGUUUCCAGCUCUAUUGUUGGGAGGGAUGAUACAAUGGCAGCUGCUAAUCCAUCACCAGUGCGCAAACUUAGAAUUAGAUUCAAGAACAAUUCCCUGCAUGGUUCAAGUCAAAAUAAUGCUUGUAGUGUAUUGCCUGCAGCUUCAGAUACUGAUCAUAUUUUCAAACAAGCUGAAACAGCACAGAUUCUGGAACUGAAAGACUAUAAUGCAAAAAUUUCCCUAAAGAAAUCUGUCAGGACAGGGAUAUCUGUUGACAAUGAAAAGAGGGCUGAAAAACAUGGCUUGGAUCAGAGCAGAAGCAUUUCGAACAACAUAAGUUGUAGUGUGACUGGAGGAAGGAAACCUACCUUCCAAGCUAAAGAUGGAGAGGUUGUUCAGCAAGAUGCAGGUCAUCAGAAUGCAAACUUUCUAGGCAUAGGAUCAGGUCUUCCUACUAUCCCAGUGGGAAAACCAGGAAACAGAACAUGCACUAGCACUACUGAUAAGCUGAAAGGUGUAACAGGUGCUGAUGUUUGUCCAGGAUCAAGUUCUGGGGAGAUCAAAGGGGAAGUGACAACUAACAAGGUCAUUGCAGGACCUACAAGCCCUCUGUGUGUUGUUCCUCGAAGGCAUGUUGGCCAAAAAAGGCUGGUCCGCAAUGGAUGUAUUUCUCCCUCUAACAUAGCCAAGAGAAAUGUAAAAGUUGAUGAAAAACGGGAAAUGUGCUCUUCAAGUGAACAUUUGCACCAUCCACAUCCUCAGCUUGAUGCAUUUGACAGAAGCAAUGUGAUUGACCUCACUGAUAAUUCACCAAUAAUGACAAGGCAGAGAUCUAAAGUGAACAAUAAAUUGAUCCCUGGACACAAUAUGGACACAAGGGCCACAAAAAAACUGAGAACAGACACAACUGGCAGGACUUCGGUUCCACCGUCCAAAUAUCAUGCAAACAGCAGCAAUUGUUCUGAAGCUAAUUUAUCAGGCCGCAACAACAAAGGAAAAGGAAUUAGCAGUGAUAUCUUGGAUAGUGAUCAAAUUGGAGAAGCUAAUUUGAGGGGGGUUGAUCUUAGUACUGCUGGAACUUAUGUAAACAAAAACAGUUCUGAUAUAAACGUGGAGCAAGGUUGGAGAACAACACACAACCACACAAGUAAAUUACCCAUUUCAUUUAUGGGUAACGCAACUAGUAGUUCCAGACGGGAAUCUGGAUCUUCCAUGCGAUCUAAUCAAAACCAUGGAUCUGCUGGAGGCAAUCAUAGCUCAGUUAGUGGAGCAACCAUGAUGGUUCCUGAUAGGUUAGGGAAUGAAACAAUAAUGAUUCGUAAAGGAUGGAGAAAAGAAACCUCAACUUCUUCUCAUACUGGUGAAAGCUCUAGUGCUGUGGACGAACCUAGAGGUUCUCUUCAAUCGUCAAAAAUAUCAGCUGGCAGAAAUCAUACCAGUCAUCAGCAUAAUAUUCCUGUAAUAACCAUAGAUGACAUAUUCCCUGAAGCUAGACCUAGUUCGAGUGGAUUCACUAAUGGAACCUCCGUUGAUCCUAACAUAGAAGCACAAUUGGAGUCGGAUGAGUUAUUGGCUCGCCAACUCCAGGAGCAGCUUUACAAUGAAUCUCCUCGUUUUGCCCCAACAGAAGAGAUUGAUGCAAUCGUAGCAAUGUCACUUCAGCAUGAAGAAGAUACACAUUGGACAUCUAGGCCUGUAAGGAGGUUCCAAAACAAUACUAGAGAUGCCCGGGCUUCUCGUUUGAGUUCUUAUCGAAAUGCUCUUAGGGCUCGAUUGGCGACAGCAAACGAUAUGAUUUCCCGUCUGCAGAGUACUGCUCCAAUAACACUGGGAUUGGGAGCUGCUUUAGCAAGAUAUCCUGGUGCUUUGCACAUUCAACCAAACAUUGACUUAAAUGACUAUGACGCACUGCUUGCACUGGAUGAAAAUAACCACCAGCACGCUGGUGCUUCAGAAAGCCAGAUCAAUAAUUUGCCGCAGUCAGUAGUUCAGUCCAAUAGCAUUGAAGAUCCAUGUUCUGUCUGCCUUGAAAAUCCUUCCGUGGGAGAUACUAUCCGCCAUUUGCCAUGCUUUCACAAGUUCCAUAAAGAGUGUAUUGACGAGUGGCUUAAAAGAAAGAAACUGUGCCCAGUCUGCAAGUUUGGGAUUAAUUGA